AAUUCACUGUCCACUCUGCUGAGGGGAAAAAUAUUUAGCCUUUGACUGAGCCACUGCGGACAUAUUGUAACGUGUUCGGGCAAGCUGGACUCCUUCCCCUAGUUAUCAUUUUCACAGACCGUUUUUCCUCGACGUUUUGCAAUUUUGUACGAGGCAAUUAUUAUUUACGGAUAGGCAACGUCACUGAUACUUGGGGUAUUUUCUUCCGUGAAAAGAGUAGUCUACAGAGUAGGGACCCCUCCGCGAGUUGUUUUUUUUUAUCUAGAAAAAGCGCACGGGAUAUUUUGCCUCAAAUGAGGUUCUGAAAUUAUUAAAAAAUAUAUAUAUAUUUUAGAAAACACGAGUCAAGAUGGAUCUGAGGCUACUUUCAAUAGCAACAUUAUUAGGAAUCUUAUGUUCCUGCAGUGCACAGCAAGAGGGCAGUGAUUGCAUCAAGGCCAAUGCACAAUCAUGUGGGGAAUGCAUCCAAGUGGCAGAGAAAUGUGGAUGGUGUACAGACACUGACUUCCUGAAGCAGGGAGAGUCUAAGUCAGCACGCUGUGAUGAGCUACAGUCCCUGAUCACGAAGGGCUGCACUAAGGCCAAGAUUGAGAACCCCCGGGGCAGCACCACCAUCAACAAGAACAAGGCUGUCACCAACCGCAAGAAGGACAUGGCAGAGAAGCUGAAGGCUGACCAGAUCACUCAGAUCCAGCCUCAGAAACUCACCCUCAACCUCCGAUCCGGUGAGGCCCAGACCUUUAAGUUGAAGUUCAAGAGGGCAGAGGACUACCCCAUCGACCUCUACUACUUGAUGGAUCUCUCCUUCUCCAUGAAAGACGAUUUGGAGAACGUGAAGAAUCUGGGGACUGACCUGAUGCGUGAGAUGAAGGAGGUCACCUCAGACUUCAAGAUCGGUUUCGGCUCCUUUGUGGAGAAGACGGUGAUGCCAUACAUCAGCACUACCCCAGCCAGACUGCUGAACCCCUGCACCAGCACCAACAACGACACCUGCACCAGCCCCUUCAGCUAUAAGAACGUGCUGAAGCUGACUGAGAACGGGGAGGAGUUCAACAGCCUGGUCAGUAAGCAGCAGAUCUCUGGAAACCUGGACUCCCCUGAGGGAGGAUUCGAUGCCAUCAUGCAGGUGGCCGUCUGUGGGGAUGCCAUUGGCUGGAGGAACGUCACACGUCUGCUGGUGUUCUCCACUGAUGCUGGCUUCCACUUUGCUGGAGACGGCAAGCUGGGCGGCAUCGUUCUGCCCAACGAUGGGAAAUGUCAUCUGGAGAACAACAUGUACACCAUGAGCCAUUACUACGACUAUCCCUCCAUUGCCCAUUUGGUCCAGAAACUGAGCGACAACAACAUUCAGACCAUUUUUGCUGUUACUGAGGAAUUCCAGCCUGUUUACAAGGAACUGAAGAACCUCAUCCCCAAGUCAGCAGUAGGAACUCUGUCCUCCAACUCCAGCAACGUCAUCAAGCUCAUUAUCGAUUCUUACAACUCUCUGUCAUCUGAAGUCAUUCUGGAAAACGGCAAGCUGCCUGAAGGUGUAUCCAUAACAUACAAGUCCAUCUGCAAGAACGGUUGGGUUGGAACAGGAGAGAAUGGAAGAAAAUGCUCGAACAUCUCCAUUGGAGAUGAGGUGUCCUUUGAGAUUGCCAUCAAGUCCGAGAAGUGUCCGCCUCAAGGCAAGUCCGAGACCAUUACAAUCAAGCCCCUGGGUUUUACUGAGAAUGUGGAGAUCGUCCUCAACUUCAUCUGCGAAUGCGAAUGUUCCAAAGAUGGAAAACCUCUCAGCGAGAUGUGCCACAAUGGCAACGGGACCUUUGAGUGUGGAGCCUGCAGGUGCAACGAGGGCCGUAUUGGCAGACUGUGUGAGUGCAGUACAGACGAGGUGAGGACGGAUGACCUGGACGCUAACUGUCGGAAGGACAAUGGUACAGACAUCUGCAGCAACAACGGAGACUGUGUGUGUGGAACCUGUGAGUGUAAAAAGAGAGAGAACCCAGAAGAACGUUACAGUGGGAAGUUCUGCGAGUGUGACAACUUCAACUGUGACCGCUCCAGCAACAAACUCUGUGGAGGACAUGGACGUUGUGAGUGCAGGGUGUGUAUCUGCGAUGCCAACUACACGGGCAGCGCCUGCGACUGUUCCCUGGACACCUCCACCUGCCUAGCAGCCAACAAGCAGAUAUGUAAUGGCCGGGGCACCUGCGAGUGUGGCGUCUGCAAAUGCACCAACCCCAAGUUCCAGGGGCCCACCUGUGAGAUCUGCCCCACCUGCCCCGGAGUCUGCGCUGAGCACAAGGACUGUGUUCAGUGCCGGGCCUUUGACACAGGAGAGAAGAAGGACACGUGUGAGAGGGACUGCAGCUACUUCAACCUGAUCAGAGUGAAGGACCGGGACAAGCUGCCCCAGCCAGCCGACCAGUCCUACCCCCUAUCCCACUGUAAGGAGAGGGACGCCAACGACUGCUGGUUCUACUACACCUACGCCGUCAGGAACCACACAGAGAGGGAAGUCUACGUGGUCGACACUCUGGAGUGCCCAGCGGGUCCUGACAUUAUCCCCAUUGUGGCUGGCGUGGUGGCGGGCAUCGUGCUGAUCGGCCUGGCCCUCCUUCUCAUCUGGAAGCUGCUCAUGAUCAUCCACGACCGCAGGGAAUUUGCCAAGUUCGAGAAGGAGAAAAUGAACGCGAAGUGGGACACGGGAGUGAAUCCCAUCUACAAGAGUGCCGUAACAACUGUUUUCAAUCCAAAAUACGAGGGCAAAUGAUGGAGCUUCCUCUGUCAUUACAACACUGUAUGCAAAAGAACAUGGAAGGAGGGGUGUUUUUAUGUUCACUUUGUUUUUUUAGU